ACGUCGAGAUGGAGCCCAACUCACUCCAGUGGGUCGGCUCACCGUGUGGCUUGCACGGACCUUACAUUUUCUACAAGGCUUUUCAAUUCCACCUUGAAGGCAAACCAAGAAUUUUGUCCCUUGGCGACUUUUUCUUUGUAAGAUGUACGCCAAAGGAUCCGAUUUGCAUAGCGGAGCUCCAGCUGUUGUGGGAAGAGAGGACCAGCCGGCAACUUUUAUCCAGCUCUAAACUUUAUUUCCUCCCAGAAGACACUCCCCAGGGCAGAAAUAGCGACCAUGGCGAGGAUGAAGUCAUUGCUGUUUCCGAAAAGGUAAUCGUGAAGCUUGAAGACCUGGUCAAGUGGGUACACUCUGAUUUCUCCAAGUGGAGAUGUGGCCUCCAAGCUGGCUCCGUGAAAACCUCUGCCUUGGGGAGGAAUGGACAGAAGGAAGCUUUGCUGAAGUACAGGCAGUCAACCCUCAACAGUGGACUCAACUUCAAAGACGUCCUCAAGGAAAAGGCUGACCUUGGGGAGGACGAGGAAGAAACGAACGUGAUCGUUCUCAGCUACCCUCAGUACUGCCGGUACCGAUCGAUGCUGAAGCGCAUCCAGGAUAAGCCAUCUUCCAUUCUAACAGACCAGUUUGCGCUAGCCCUGGGGGGCAUCGCCGUGGUCAGCAAGAACCCCCAGAUCCUGUACUGUAGGGACACCUUUGACCACCCGACGCUCAUUGAAAAUGAGAGUAUAUGCGAUGAGUUUGCGCCAAAUCUUAAAGGCAGACCACGCAAAAAGAAACCAUGCCCACAGAGAAGAGAUUCGUUCAGUGGUGUUAAAGAUUCCAACAACAACUCCGAUGGCAAGGCUGUGGCCAAGGUGAAAUGUGAGGCCAGGUCAGCCUUGUCCAAGCCGAAGAAUAACCAUAAUAACUGUAAAAAAGUCUCCAAUGAAGAGAAACCAAAGGUUGCCAUCGGUGAAGAGUGCAGGGCAGAUGAGCAGGCUUUCUUGGUGGCACUUUAUAAAUACAUGAAAGAGAGGAAGACGCCGAUAGAACGAAUACCCUAUUUAGGUUUUAAACAGAUUAACCUUUGGACUAUGUUUCAAGCUGCUCAAAAACUGGGAGGAUAUGAAACAAUAACAGCCCGCCGACAAUGGAAACACAUUUAUGAUGAAUUAGGCGGUAAUCCUGGGAGCACCAGCGCCGCUACUUGCACCCGCAGGCAUUAUGAAAGAUUAAUCCUGCCGUAUGAAAGGUUUAUUAAAGGAGAGGAAGAUAAGCCCCUGCCUCCAAUCAAACCUCGGAAACAGGAGAACAGUUCACAGGAAAAUGAGAAUAAAACAAAAGUAUCAGGAACCAAACGCAUCAAACAUGAAAUCCCUAAGAGCAAGAAAGAAAAAGAGAAUGCCCCGAAGCCCCAGGAAUCAUCAGAGGUUUCAUCAGAGCCAGAGAAGGAACAAGAGACUUUAAAUCAGAAGAGCAUCACUGAGCCUCUCCCAGCAGCAGACGUGAAGAAAAAAAUGGAAGGGUACCAGGAUUUUGCAGCGAGGCCCCUGGGGUCUAGAGGAGACCCAGAAAAGGACAACGACACAGAUCAAGGUGCCAACAGUGAGAAGGUGGCAGAGAAGGUGGCAGAGAAGGAGCCUGCUCCUCCGCUCCCAAGUGCCCCUGCGGCCCCUGAAAGGGGUCCGGCCCUGGUGCCAGGGGCUGGCAAACAGUCCCUCACCUCUCCCAGUGCUCUUGUGGACUCAAAACAAGACCCCCAGCCCUGCUGUUUUACCGAGAGCCCCGAAAGUGAACUCCAAGAAGCACCCUUCCCUGGCUUCUCCACCACGCAGCCCCCCCUGGCAAACCAGAGCGAGCUGGAGGAUGACAAGCUGCCCGCCAUGGCGGACUACAUCGCCAACUGCACCGUGAAGGUGGACCAGCUGGGCAGCGAUGACAUCCACAAUGCGCUCAAGCAGACCCCGAAGGUCCUCGUGGUUCAGUCAUUUGACAUGUUCAAAGACAAAGACUUGACUGGGCCCAUGAAUGAGAACCAUGGACUUAAUUACACCCCUCUGCUCUACUCGAGGGGCAACCCCGGCAUCAUGUCCCCACUGGCCAAGAAGAAACUUCUGUCCCAAGUGAGUGGGGCCAGCCUCUCCAGCAGCUACCCCUAUGGCUCCCCACCCCCUUUGAUCAGCAAAAAGAAACUGAUGGCCAGGGAUGACCUGUGUUCGGGUCUGUCCCAGGCCCACCACGGCCAGGGUACUGACCACAUGGCGGUCAGCCGGCCGUCGGUGAUUCAGCACGUCCAGAGUUUCAGAAGCAAGCCGGCGGAGGAGAGGAAGAGCAUCAGUGACAUUUUUAAGCAUGACAAGCUGGGUCGAUCGGAGCCCCACCGCUGCAGUUUCUCCAAGCACCACCUUAGCCCCCUUGCUGACUCCUAUGUCCUGAAGCAAGACAUCCAGGAGGGCAAGGAGAAGCUCCUAGAGAAAAGGUCACUCCCCCACUCCCACAUGCCCAGCUUCCUGGCCGACUUCUACUCGUCUCCUCACCUGCACAGCCUCUACCGACACACGGAGCACCAUCUUCACAACGAGCAGACAUCCAAGUACGCCUGCAGGGACAUGUACAGGGAAGCGGAAAACAGUGUUUUUCCGUCCCACAAACACCAAGAGAAGCUCCACGUGAAUUAUCUCGCGUCGCUGCAUCUGCAAGACAAGAAGGCGGCGGCGGUGGCGGAAGCCCCCACGGACGACCAGCCCACGGAUCUGAGCCUUCCCAAGAACCUGCACAAACCCACGGGCAAGGUCCUGGGCCUGGCCCACGCGGCGCCGGGGCCCCAGGAGAGCAAAGGCGUCUCUCAGUUCCAGGUCAUGAACAGCCAGACUCGGGACUGCCACCCCAAGGCCUGCCGAGUUUCGCCCAUGACCAUGUCGGCCCCGAAAAAGUACGCCGAGUCGCUCUCGCGGUCGGGGAAGCCUCAGCACGGGAGACUGGAGAACUUCAGGAAGAUCGAAGGCAUGGUCCACCCGGUCCUGCAGCGGAAAGCCAGCCCUCAGAACAUUGGGGCCGCGCGGCCCAUCAAGCGCAGCCUGGAGGACCUGGACCUGGUGAUCGCCGGGAAGAAGGCCCGGGCCGUGUCUCCCCUGGACGCGUCCAAGGAGGCCUGUGGGAAGGAGAAGGCGGCCUCCGAGCCAGAGGGCGACGGCAGCAAGGCGGCGCCCGGCGGCCAUUCCGGGGGCGCGCCGGAGGGCCACAAGCUUCCGCUCUCCUCCCCCAUCUUCCCAGGUCUGUAUUCCGGGAGCCUGUGCGGCUCGGGCCUCAACUCUAGGCUCCCGGCCGGCUAUUCGCACUCGCUGCAGUACUUGAAAAACCAGACCGUGCUUUCUCCACUCAUGCAGCCCCUGGCUUUCCACUCGCUUGUGAUGCAGCGGGGGAUUUUUACAUCGCCGACAAAUUCUCAGCAGCUUUACAGACACUUGGCCGCGGCCACCCCCGUAGGAAGUUCGUAUGGGGACCUUUUGCACAACAGCAUUUACCCUUUAGCUGCUAUAAAUCCUCAAGCUGCCUUCCCAUCUUCUCAGCUGUCGUCCGUACACCCCAGUACAAAACUGUAAGCCCAGCUCUGCCCGGCGUCCGGCGCGGCGUGCCUAACGGAGCUUCCCUCCCAGCCCUGGGGGUGACGGCUUGGAGAAUUAGAAGGCAGUAUUUCUUCUAAUCCGGGGGAGGUGAGAUCAGCCCCAGCCAAAGGGGCCGCGAAGGGGAGGUGAACAUACCUGAUUUUUCUGGGACGACUCCAGCCUUGGCUGGUCAGUCUUGAGCUCCUUCCAACACAGAUGCCCUUGCACCGAGAUGGGUCACUUGGCACGAGGGUCUCGUGAAGGGAUGUAUGCGUGUCCGGGGAGAAUUUAGAAGACCCCAUCUUGAGUUGUGACGGUCAGGAACAAUCUGGGCAAAAAAAAAGGGGGGGCAGGCAUUUCACAGGAAGGGGCAAGGAAGACUGGCAAGCGUUUGCCAAGGGAUGCCCCUCUUUUCCUAAAACUCUCCAAGGUUCAAUCAAUGCAAUGUAUAGUGGAACUUCAAUAGAUCUUUCAUUUUGACACUAUUAAACAAUCCAGAGAAGUAAACACUGUUAAAAUGACUGUAUAUAUUUGCUUCUUAAAACUACCCGUAUCACUGUUUGCUCACCUAAUUUAUAUACAGGUAGUUCCAUUUUCUCCCAGUU